AUGGAAGUACAGAAAGUGCCAUCCCACAAGAGCAAAAGACGAGCUUCAGAGGCAUUAAGCCAUGUCUCGGUCCAGGCAGCCGAUAGCGAUCUAUUAGCAACGCUGGGAUACAAGCAGGAGUUGAGACGGCACUACUCGACCGUGCAGAUCUUUGCGGUUGCGUUUAGUAUUAUGGGUCUUUUGCCGUCGAUUGCUUCUACGUUGUCUUUUUCCAUGCCUGCUGGUCCGGUGGGGAUGGUUUGGGCAGAUAUAGCAUCUGCAAUGCCCACAGCCGGCGGCCUCUACUUCUGGACUCACCAUUUCGCCUCCGAGAAAUGGAAGAACCCACUCAGCUUCCUAGUUGGCUACAGCAACACCAUCGGCCUCAUAGGUGGAAUCUGCUCAAUCGACUACGGAUUCGCCAACAUGCUCCUCUCAAUGAUCUCCCUAGCCCGGGACGGAAACUGGUCCGCUACACGCCCAGUAAUCUACGGCACGUACGUCGCGACAGUCUUCGCCCACGCCUUCAUAGCCAUCUUCUUUGCCCGCGUUAUGCCCAGAAUCCAAUCCAUCUGCAUCUUCUUGAACAUCGCCCUGGUCCUAGCCACCGUUAUUGCCUUGCCAAUCGGUAAGAAGCAGAACAGUCCACCUGUUAAUUCGGGGUCGUACGUUUUCGGCGACUUGGAGAACUUCACCUCCUGGCCGGCUGGGUGGACAUUCAUGUUAUCGUGGCUUUCGCCUAUUUGGACGAUUGGGGCGUUCGAUUCGUGCGUGCAUAUGAGUGAGGAGGCUAUGCAUGCGGCUCGGGCUGUUCCGCUGGGGAUUAUUUCUUCGGCUGGUCUUUGUGGGAUAUUGGGGUUUGUUUCGUUGGCUGUUAUUGCUGCUUCAAUGGACACGGAUAUUGAGGGAAUUAUGAACUCGAAGUUCGGUCAGCCGAUGACACAGAUUUAUUAUGAUGCUCUAGGUAAGAAUGGCGCACUGGGAUUCAUGGCUGUUGUUAUGAUCGUGCAGUUCUUCAUGGGACUUAGCAUUGUCUUAGCAGCAUCUCGUCAAAGCUGGGCUUUCUCUCGUGACGGCGCUCUCCCAUUCUCUUCUUUCUUCCGCAAGGUUAGCCAGCAUGUCUUGAUGCGCUAUCAACCUGUUCGGAUGGUUUGUGGUGUUGCCAUCGUGGCAGUCGUCAUUGGUCUCCUCUCGCUUAUCGACAAUACCGCCGCCAAUGCUCUUUUCUCCCUCGCUGUUGCUGCAAACGAUCUCUCUUGGCUGACUCCAAUACUGGCACGCUUGGUUUGGGGAGGUGAGCGGUUUGUUCCGGGUGAGUUCUACACGGGAAAAUAUCUCAGUAAACCUAUUGGUUGGAUUGCAGUUAUCUACAUGUCCUUCGUUAUUGUUUUGAGUAUGAUUCCUACGGAGGGACCAAAUCCGUCGCCCGAUACUAUGAAUUACACCGUUGUGAUCAAUGGUAGUUUGUGGGUUGGGUCGUUGCUUUACUAUUACGCAUAUGCUAGAAAAACAUUCAAGGGGCCGCAGACAACUGUUACUCUGGAGGAUGAGGGUAUGACCAUGGAGAAGGCUCAUUAG